AUGAGUUUCUUCGAGCAAAAUGAUAAUCCUCCGUGCCAGUGGAUGUAUAAUUUGGAAGAAAAUUGUAAAGAAAAAAAAUUAUUAAUGAAGAUAAUGCUGACUUCUGCCAUAUCUUACUGCAUAAUAUCAUUAAAUGGUAUCAUCGUUCUUUUAUGGAAGGCUUAUUUAAGGUACAAGAAGUCUGAGAAACUAAGAUGGUCGUCAUUGGAAUACGUCUGGGCAUGGGCAUUUGUAUUUUGCAUACUGAGAAGUUUUAAUAAUUUUACGGUGGUAUAUGAUUUGUUUCCUAAUAGAAAAAUAUUUAGAUUAGCGUUAUUUGCAAUAUCUUGGAUACCAGGAUACUUAGGGAUGUAUGUUUAUAUCGCGGGAAUAUUUCGUACAAUACCUCGAUUAAGUUUUAACAGAUUAACAUAUGAAUCGCAAAGUGGUAAUUCGUUAUGGUUACCGAAUUCUAAACAAGUUAAACCGAUAAUGUGGAUGAUCUCUCUAUUUACAACUGUCGGGAUAAUUUCAAGUUCUCUUUUAUCAGGGUAUUAUUUUGGAGAAGGAAAAAGUGAUGAGAUGAUUAUUGCAUUUUCUGUGCAAAUGGCACUGCUCUGGAUUGGUUCCGUUAUUUGUUGGUUUUCAUUAUUCUAUUAUGGUAGAGCUUUAGUUUCGCUCAUGCAAGUGUUCAAUUACGCCUUUGGUGGAACUUUCUUCUUAUUUUCAAUGUUUUUGAUUCCUAUAACAAUUUGGUAUAAAGUUACCAUGCUAGAAUUAUUUAUCGUAAAUUUAUUAUAUUGUUUAACAUGUAACAUAUUUUCUGUAUCUAUGGUUACAAUAGUAGGGAUCGUUCUUAUGUAUUCGGAAAUUCUAACAAAUACUUUGGAAAGGAAAGCGGAAUGGACGGACCAAAAUAGUACAUGGAUGCAAUUAGAAAAUAAUACCUUUGAUAGAAGUGCUUAUAGUAAUCAGAGUUAUUCCAUUUAUGCGGAAGAGAUUUAUCAGGGUCAAUAA